CCUGAGGCUGCGCAGAGCCAGAGGCUUGCACAUGCUUUGAAUGAUGCAAUGAAAGAGUUUAUUUCCAUGGGAAGUUUGGUAGCACUGGUUGCCACAAGCCAGUCUCAGCAUUCACUGCAACCUCUGCUCGUCUCGGCUCAAGGAAUUCACAUAUUUCAGUGUGUCCAACAUAUUCAGCCUCCUGAUCAGGAGCAAAGAUGUGAAAUGCUACAUAAUGUAAUAAAAAAUAAACUGGGCUCUGAUGUAAACAAGUUCACUAAUCUUGACCUGCAUUGUAUAGCUAAACGAACUGAAGGGUUUGUGGCUAGAGAUUUUACAAUGCUUGUGGAUCGAGCCAUACAUUUUCAUCUCUCUCACCAGAGCAUAUCCACCAGAGAAGAAUUAGUUUUAACAACAUUGGACUUCCAAAAGGCUCUCCAAGGAUUUCUUCCUGCAUCUCUGCGAAACGUCAACUUGCAUAAACCUAGGGACCUGGGCUGGGAUAAAAUUGGUGGAUUACAUGAAGUUCGGCAGAUACUCAUGGAUACUAUCCAGUUACCAGCCAAGUACCCAGAACUAUUUGCAAACUUGCCCAUACGACAAAGAACGGGAGUACUGCUGUAUGGUCCUCCUGGGACAGGAAAAACCUUACUAGCUGGAGUAGUUGCACGAGAGAGUGGAAUGAAUUUUAUUAGUAUCAAGGGGCCAGAGUUACUGAGCAAAUACAUUGGAGCAAGUGAACAAGCUGUUCGGGAUAUUUUUAUUAGAGCACAGGCAGCCAAGCCCUGCAUUCUUUUCUUUGAUGAAUUUGAAUCCAUUGCCCCUCGACGAGGCCAUGAUAAUACAGGAGUUACAGAUCGUGUGGUUAACCAGCUGCUGACUCAGUUGGAUGGGGUGGAAGGCUUACAGGGUGUUUAUGUAUUGGCUGCUACUAGUCGCCCUGACUUGAUUGACCCUGCCCUGCUUAGGCCUGGCCGACUCGAUAAAUGUGUAUACUGUCCUCCUCCUGAUCAGGUGUCACGUCUUGAAAUUUUAAAUGUUCUCAGUGACUCUCUACCUCUGGCAGAUGAUGUGGACCUUCAGCACGUGGCAUCAGUAACCGACUCCUUCACGGGAGCUGACCUGAAAGCUUUACUGUACAAUGCCCAGUUAGAGGCCUUACAGGGAAGGCUGCUGUUCUGUGGGCUCCAAGAUGGAAGUUCCAGCUCUGAUAGUGACCUAAGUCUGUCUUCAAUGGUUUUUCUCAACCACAGCAGCGGCUCCGAUGAUUCAGCUGGAGAUGGGGAGUGUGGCUUGGAGCAGUCCCUGGUUUCUCUGGAGUUGUCUGAGAUGCUUCCAGAUGAAUCAAAAUUCAAUAUGUACCGGCUCUACUUUGGAAGCUCCUAUGAAUCAGAACUUGGGAACGGAACAUCUUCUGAUCUGAGCUCACAGUGCCUGUCUGCACCAAGCUCCAUGGCACAGGACUUUUCUGGAGCCCCUGGGAAAGAUCAGUCGCUUUCACGACCUCCAGUGUUCAGAACAUCCUCACAAGAGGGUUCCCAAGAACUUACACAGGAACAAAGAGAUCAGCUACGGGCAGAUAUCAGUGUCAUCAAAGGCAGAUACCGGAGCCAAAGUGGAGAGGAUGACUCCCUUAACCAACCAGGACCAGUCAAAACCAGUUUGGCUAUUAGCCAGUCGCAUUUAAUGGCUGCCCUCAGUCACACAAGGCCAUCCAUUAGUGAAGACGACUGGAAGAAUUUUGCUGAACUGUAUGAAAGCUUCCAAAAUCCAAAGAAAAGAAAGAAUCAAAGUGGAACAAUGUUUCGACCUGGACAGAAAGUAACUCUAGCAUAAAACAUACUUUUGAUUUUGUUUUUGCUGGCUUGUUCCUAUGUUGUGACAGUAAAAAUGGGGUCUGUAAAUUUCUUUUUAACAAAUUAGGUUAAUCUAUAAAAUCACAGAUUGGCAAACCUGUGGUUAUGUCAUAAUCAGGAUUACUUGAGAUUAAUUCUGUAGAAUAAAUUGGGAUAUUUAUAACUGAUUAUCUUAUUUCCUAUAAAUCUAAAUUAAAUCCUUAGUGAAAAAAUAUUGUCUUAAUGGUGUAACUAAUUAUUUUCUCAUCUGAGGAAAAUGCAUUUCUUAGAACUCACAUAUUCAACAUCUUCCUUGCGUUUGACAAAUCUUAUACUUAGCACCUUUGACCAUUUGAAAAUGUCCUAUUAUUUAUUGAUCCAAUGCUCUGUUCUUCUAUCAGAACAUGUAGACUUUACAUACAAUUCCAAAUAAAUUCAGUUAUUCCCACCACCAGAAAUGAGAUCGUAUCCCCUUAAUAUACUACAUCUAGUUCCAAGGCCAAGAUCUUAAAUGAGGUCCAUUCCCCCCGAUCCAUCAUGACUUUGUCUGGAUGUUCUCUGAUCUGUGAACUAGAUGUAAACUGAGCCACCAUCAACACAAACUGUGUAUAGUAAUGCAGUAGGAGAAAGGAAAAGGGAGAAAGUUAGGUGAAGUAUAUAAAUAAAUACAUGAAAUGGCAAAGAGGGGUUGCCUGUGUGUUUCUGUCCAUUGAGCAUCUGACUCUGGAAUUUACCUCAGGUCAUGAUCUCACGGUUUGUGAGAUCAAGCCCCAUAUCGGGCUCUGCACUGGUGGUGUAGAGCCUGCUUGGGAUUCUCUCUCUCCUCUCUGACCGUCUCCCCUCCCAAUAAAUAAGUAAACAUUUAAAAAAGAAAGAGAG